AUGUCCCAGUCUGUUAUCAUGCUGUCAAGCUACUUUACAUUGUUUGGAUUAGCUCUGAUAACCAUAUUUCAGGAUACUUGCAGUGCAUACAAAGAUGCAUACAGUGCAGUGGUUGUGGAAUAUUCUCCACCUCAAGACCCAUCAAUAGACCCUGGCACCAACAUCCUCAACAAUGUUAUGAACUAUGUCCACAUCACCAACAUCGCUAAUGAAAACUUCUUGCCAAAUAUUAUUGUGUUCCCGGAGAUUGGUUUAAAAGGUUAUGGCAACCAAGAACAAUACCUGUUUAUUCCAGACCCUGAUGACAAAGUGAGACCAUGUGCUUACAACACUACUUAUGAAGCACCAUUAGUGCAGCUGUCUUGUAUUGCUCGGGCCACGGAGACUUACCUGGUAGUCAACCUGGGAGAGAAAUAUUUCAACAUCUCUCAGCAAAAAAACGUUUACUUCAACACUGACGUUGUGUUUGACUCGACUGGGACAAUCAUUGUGAGGUACAGAAAAAUCCAUUUGUAUGGAGAAACAGGAAAGAGCCCUUCACCAAACAAAGAACUUGCAUACUUUGAUACAAAUUUUGGAGUCAGGUUUGGGAUAUUCACUUGCUUUGACAUAAUAUUUGAAGACCCUGGCGUUAUUUUGGCCAAUGAGUUCAACAUUACUCAUUUCAUAUUUCCUACGGCUUGGUUUUCUGAGAUGCCUUUUCUUACAGCCAUUCAGGAGCAGUUUUACUGGUCAUACUCUCAAGACGUGGUGUUACUGGCCUCUGGUUACAAUGAUCCGUCGGUUGGCAGCUCUGGUACCGGAAUCUACCUUGGACGUCGUGGCCCAGUAGCCUACAACAUGUCAGAGGCCAGACAAACAUUUAUGCUACAAGCCGACGUACCUAAGAAACUCCGAUCAGGACUAGGCACUGAAGAAGGCAAGGAAUUAUUAUCCGAAAUAUUAAUUCUGGAUGAUGAAAUGGAAGAAACCAAGUCAACAUUUCAGGAUACACCUGAAAACACUAAUAAAAUAAAACUAAAACUAGAAAAAGCUCUGAAAAUGUAUACAAACAAAAGUAUAAUUCCUCCUGAAUCACCAAUUCACAUUAUUGAUGGGAAGAGUUUCUAUGUUGACUUUACAGUUAAUGAGUAUAUCUGCCAAAACAGCUUGUGUUGUCUAUUCGACCUAGCUAUCAGAGCGGUUUUUAGUAAAUCCCACCAAGAAACCACAAGAGGUGAUGAUUAUUCACAGAUGUUUUAUCGUCUGGCGGUGUUUGAUGGGGUGCGAGACUAUGAUAGAGUUGAUUAUGGUGGGGUACAAGUUUGUGCGAUCCUUCCAUGUGCCAACUCUGACCACUCCUCUUGCGGUUUAAGGUCAGACGAUGUCUCAGCCAAGCCUAAUAUGUUGCUUGGGUUUUACCAAACCGGUUUAGUUUUUCACUCAAUUACAAUCAGAGGGGAUUUUUCAACCAACCACUCCUUUGUGGGACCAAACAUUCUAUUGACUGGUCAAGGAGAAAACUUUGGUUCCCUCUUGCCUACUGAAAGUUUCAAAUUCUACGAAGCACAUCCCUCAAGAAACGGUACACAAGUAAGAACAUUGAAGACUUUGGAACCCAUUUCUAAUCUCGUGACCGCUAGUUUGUACGGAAGAAUUUUCUCAAGGGAUGGAGAAACGGAUCAAACAAUUCAGUCACGUGCAUUCAGUAGUUUGAUUUGUUUAACUUCAUCACUAAUUAUUUGUUUUACGUCAGUUGUACUAGUUUGUAACUGAUGGCUAAGUUGGUUUUUACCGCUAUUCAAUUUUGUUGUAAGUUUUGCAAAUUUAAUCUAAUUUUGAAAUAACCGAAUUAAUUGUUGGAUACAUACACAUUUAAUGAAUUUAUAGAGUUUUUUUAGACUAGACACUCUUUAUGUGAUUUGAUUAUUAUGAUUAUGUGAGAGCAGAAACUAUUAUAUCUUUAAAUGUAUGUAUCUAUGUAACUUUUUCUUAAACCACUACUUUUAGAUAAAAAAAAAUGUGUUGGAAUAUAAACACGUUGAAUAUGCAAUAUAUA